GCACCGGAAGCUGGAGGCGGGUCUGAUUGAGAGGCGCAUGCGCAGGGUUGCCACGUUAACAUCGCAGGCGGAAGGGUAUCGGUGGCUCGAGACGGACCCAGCGGCGCGAACUGAUCAGUAAAGUGAAGACAACAUGGGAACAGUGCUGAGUUUUUUUGGCUUUUUGAAGAAGGAAAUGCGAAUUCUUAUGGUGGGGCUUGAUGCAGCAGGCAAAACUACAAUCCUGUAUAAACUCAAACUUGGAGAAGUUGUAACAACUAUUCCCACUAUUGGCUUUAAUGUGGAAACAGUAGAAUACAGAAAUCUAAGCUUCACAGUUUGGGAUGUUGGUGGUCAAGACAAAAUUAGAACACUCUGGAAGCACUAUUUCCAGAACACACAAGGCUUAAUAUUCGUUAUUGACAGCAAUGAUCGAGAACGUAUCAAUGAGGCAAGGGAUGAGCUAACUCGAAUGCUCUCAGAAGAUGAACUAAGAGAUGCUGUGUUGUUAAUCUUUGCAAAUAAGCAGGAUUUGCCGAAUGCAAUGACUCCUGCAGAGAUCACAGAUAAGCUGAAUCUGCACCAAUUACGUCAACGAGUGUGGCACGUUCAGGCAACCUGUGCUAAUUCUGGUGAUGGCCUUUGUGAAGGUCUUCACUGGCUGUCUCAACAAUCAUUUACAAAGCGAUAAUCUUCGUCAAGAUUGACCAAGCUGUUGUGCCUGUGUGUCAUUUGUUGAGUGGGAGCAUUUUCCUCACCAUGUGCCUUUUUAUAAUGCAGGGUUAGGGUCUGAUUUGAACUGGUAUUAUGAAUAAUUGCGAAAAUAUUUUAUUAUAGAUGAAUGGUUCUCGUUUGGAAUGUUGUCAGUAAUACUUGUAGGCUUGAAAUCAUUUUGCAACAUGUAAUUUAGCUGUUCAAACAUUAGUACCAUGAUGCUAUUUAAAGGCCCAUUUUCUAACUUGUGGUGAUGGGAAGCAGGGAUAAAUGCUGGAUUGCUAGCUAAUAUUGAUUUGGAAUUUGGGAGCACUGCAAACCUUGCUUUUGAAUUUAAUCUUUCUGUUGUACUGCUUGCAUGAAAAGCUUGGUGGCAGUACGAAAAAGGGAAUGUAUUUUCCAGAAAAAUGAUUUGCUCGUGAGUCUGUUUGGUUUGCUACCUCUGGAAAGAACAUUCUUCAACAGAAGCAUUACUGAUAACAGGAGGUUUGCACUGAAUGUUACAGAUUUAUGACCUUGCAGAAACUUAAAUUCUGCACUAUAAUUAAUGCAUGGAGGUCAUUAAGACUGCUGCUCCUAUUCUGCAGUUCUAUAAGAAUGUAGAGCAACACUUGUAUGUGUUUACUACAAGAGAGGGGUGAAGGGUCCAGUUCAUAAAAGACAUAGCAAACCAUAUUUCUUGUAAAUACCAAGAACCAAUCCCUCAAAGGUACUGCAUCGUUAUCCGUGCAGCAACACUGAUUUUAAAGCUCUGUUGAUCUUUUCUUUAUCAUACAUUUGGAAUUAAACUUUAAGGUGGUGGAAAUUUAAAAUUGUAUGCCUGUAUUCUAGUAAACUUCACAAAUGUCGAUAUUUAUUAUACUUUGGUGAAAAAAAAUAUGAAAACCAUUCAGGCUAUUUUGAAGAUUGAUCAAAUUAUUGGGUAUCCAUUUUAAGUAAAAUAUUGUAUGCCAUUGACUUCUUGAAUACAUAUGUCUUAUGAAUCUGAGCAAAGCUUAAAAAAAAACACAAGUUGACUUUAAAAUACAAAUGGCAAUCAUAUUAACCAGCAAUAUAAAGUAGAGGAGUGUGUUGGGAAUUGCCUGAAUCAAUUUACAACAGUGAGAAACUGAAGAUGUAAACAUCUGAAAUAAAAUCAGGAAAUGUUGAGCUGGUCUGGCAGCAUCUGCAGAGUGUGUUAACAUUUCAGCUAAAUAGCCAGAUGUGAGACUUGAACUUGCUCAACAUUUUAAUUCUGUUUAUACUUUGUUUUCUUAAAUCCUAUAAAUAAUAUGAAAGCACAUUUCAUUCAGACAUUACAUGUCGAAUCAACAGUGAAAAUGAUUUCUUAAAAUGAAAGACAUUAAAAGAGGUGCAAAUAUAAUGUCUAGUCUGGAAAAAAAAAUCAGCUUUGCUUUUUCAUUUGAAAGCUUAUGUUAAGAUGCACUUGUAUGAAGUAUAUAUUCCAAUAACCAGUCUUAUUAAUGCCAGUGUGUUACUAUGUCUCUUUACGAUUGAAUUUCUGCUGGGUUUUGAGACAUGUUUAAGGGAAGUGAAAGAAAAGAACAUGGUUGCAAAUAUUUUUGUCAAUAAAGUUAAAUUCCCUCUAA